CAAAGCCUCAAUUCCUUUGGGGGUUGAAACUACUACCCCCGAUGAUAAGACCUAGACUCGUAGAUGGAUUAAUGCAAUGGACGCGUGCGCGUAUAAUAUAAUCAUACUGGAAUAGCACUUAGACUAUUUAACAUUAACCAAGACCACGAAAUUGACAUUAAAUACAACAAGCUAAUCAGGAAGAUCUGUUCAGCAGACAUAAGGCUAUGAAUGAAGACCAAAUCUUGUUAUUUCGAGAUUGUGGUGGUGUUGCUGCUAUCUGUGAUUCCGUGGCCAGGACCAUCUGUCUUUAAAAUAUCAUGCCCCCGUGAUCGUGCGUCUAUGGUGCGACGAAUCGUACAUAAAAGAUGGAUACCUAUUUUAAAAAAAUAUCAAGUGGAAUUGCCUUUGGAAUGCCCAUUCCACGAAAGUCGAGAUAUAUUUUACCCUCAGCAAGUGGCCAAGAUACAGCACAGGACAUCACAGUGGACAUGUGGACUGUGCGGGAAAUCAUUUUAUGCAGAAAAACAUCUCGAUGCACAUUUCGAUAGCAGACAUAAGAGUAAUGUCAAUACGGCUGAAGAUGCUGUUUGUUUAGCAAAUUAUUGUGACAUCAUGCGUUGUGAUGUCUUGGGUAUGAUGGAACUUGACGGUUCUCUAGUUGAUGAUUCAACAGGUUCAGUAAAUACAGAUAUACAAGUUUGGCGAGAGAAUACAGACAGUAGGGUAACACCUUAUGUGCCCUGUGAAUGUCGUGAAUUAGCGAGGGUGUACAGCAGUAAUGUUGGUAAUAGCGAUAAAUCGGAAAUUAUUUCUACAAGCUCGUCUUAUCAUCGUGCACAUACAAAACAUUGCCAGACAGGUGAACGUGGUACUUCACAGACAGCUUCAUCAACAUCAACAACAACUGCAUCGUCAUCCGGCUAUCAUCGUGAUAUCCCUCAUGAUACUGACAACAAAAGCAGUGCUUGUGAUAAUGAUGAUAACGAGGGUGAAAAUGACACAAGCAAUUUAGUGGAAGCAGCUCUCCCUUCUGCUGGUGAUAGACGAGAAAAAAAUCGUGAGUCAGAAAUUAGGAAUUUUAAAUCAAAUUGUAAUCCAGAGGAAUUACAAAAGCUCAAAAUACAAUGUGAGAUAUUGGUAAGAGAUUGUAUUGCUGGUCUUCUUGCUAAUCUUUCACUAAAAGAUUUUCAAGAAAUCGAGGGAGAAUUAAAUCGUGCAAUUUGUUGGUACUUGAGUUGUGACAGAUAUUGGGAAGAUACAAAACGUCAUCAACGUCAUACACCUUGGUACCUGCUCGUAACAUUUUUGUUUUUACUUUCUUCUGGCAUAUCUGCGUGUUAUUAUGUCGUCUCUCUUCUCCUUAGUUCGGGGGACGACGAUUGCAUGGAUGGUAGCGAGGACAAUCCAGAGUUUCAUGAUGGGCCGGACCGACCAUCUAGUUCUCUUCAUGAUCCCGGAGGUGACGGUCAGUCAGGGGAAAGAAGAAAAUAUGAAGACGAAGAUAGACUGAUUGCUGCCGGAGCAAUGCCGGACCAUUAUAUUUACGUCGCUUAUCCACCAGAACUUAAGCGUCGUCUUCUAGAAAGUUGCUACAAUCGAACCACGAGGUUAUAACUCGACGGAAGAUGAUUAAAUAAAAUAAAAUUUUUUGAUUAACGCACGCACAUAAUCAUGC